AUGCCUGACAUCACUUCCACCGGCAGCAAGAACACCGAGGUGCAGCACAACAUCUCCUCUGCCACUGGACACCGAGUACGAGCUCUACCCAUGCACAAACAAGUGAGAAACGCAGUUACUAAUGUUCUCUUGCAGAAGGGCUCCGGCGACCUAUUCUCCGGCAUGAAAGAAUACAAGCGCGAUUCCGAGAACCUUGCCCAACAGCAAAGACGUGAGAGCUUGAAGGAUAUGAGUGCGAAGCCGCAGGGUGGUUUCCUUUCGAAUAUGUGGAACAGGUAUGUCUUGGAUGGCAACGUGGGAGGAGACCAUAUGACUAAUAUGAAGCAGCACUUUCCGAGAGCCGGAGAAGAAGUAG